AUGGCAGACAGAGACCGACAGCUUGCAGAGGUGAGGGCUGAGGGAGAUCAUCAGCUUAUAGAGAUUAGGACUAAGCGAGAUUUUCAGAUAGCUAAGCUGAGAGAAGAGCGCGAUCAUCAGGUCACGGCGAUGAGAGCAGAGCGAGACACCCUUCAGCAGGAGGGUAUUACAAGUUGUGCCCUAGCCGCAGAGGUUGCGGCCACCAAUGUGGAUGCAGACCCACGACCUCCAUACUAUGGACACAGGACUCUGUGGCCACCAUGGCGUCGUAGGUCUCUGCGGCCGCCAUGGGGUCGCAGUUCUUGCCAAUAUCUCCCCUAUGUAACACGAUGGGAUUAUUUGGCUACUAUGUUCACAGAGGCGAUAACGGUUAAUGCGCCAGAAAAAUUGGAAAAUAUUCAAAUACCUAAAAGGGCUAGCUAUAUUAGAAUGAUUAUGCUAGAGUUAAGUCGUAUAGCUUCUCAUUUGUUAUGGCUUGGACCUUUCAUGGCUGAUAUUGGUGUGCAGACUCCUUUCUUUUAUAUUUUAAGAGAGAGGGAAAUGAUAUAUGAUUUAUUUGAAGCUGCCACGGGCAUGCGAAUGAUGCAUAAUUAUUUCCGCAUUGGAGGAGUAGCUGUAGAUUUACCCUACGGUUGGAUAGAUAAAUGCUUAGAUUUUUGCUAUUAUUUCUUCCCAAAAGUGACAGAAUAUGAAAGGCUUAUUACACGCAAUCCUAUCUUUUUGAAACGAGUUGAGGGAGUAGGCAUUAUUAGUAGAGAAGAAGCAAUAGAUUGGAGUUUAUCAGGACCCAUGCUACGAGCUUCCGGAAUCCAAUGGGAUCUUCGUAAAGUGGAUCAUUAUGAAUGCUACGAUGAAUUGGAUUGGGAAAUCCAAUGGCAAAAAGAAGGAGAUUCGUUAGCUCGUUAUUUGCUUCGAAUCGGGGAAAUGAAAGAAUCUAUCAAAAUAAUCAAACAGGCCCUAGAAGUAAUUCCGGGAGGUCCCUAUGAGAAUUUAGAGGUUCGACGUUUAAAUAAGGGAAAAGAUUCGCAAUGGAACGAUUUCGAAUCUCGAUUUAUCAGUAAAAAACCUUCCCCUACUUUUGAGUUAUCAAAACAAGAACAUUACAUGAGAGUAGAAGCUCCCAAGGGGGAACUAGGAAUUUUUUUUAUAGGAGAUGAUAAUAUUUUUCCCUGGAGAUGGAAAAUUCGACCACCUGCUUUUAUUAAUUUGCAGAUCCCUCCUCAACUGGUUAAAAGGAUGAAAUUAGCCGAUAUCAUGACGAUUUUGGGUAGUAUAGAUAUCAUUAUGGGAGAGGUUGAUCGUUAAAAUGGUUAUUAAUAUAGCAGAUCUCGAAGA